AUGGCUGAAAAUGGCAGAAAAGAAAAAAUAAAAUGGACAACCACUAUUAUUAUUAGCUCAUCUCUUAAGUAUUUCUCUCUACUCCUAUUAAACUCAUCCAUUGGAAGUUGUGAAGUUGCAACUGCCCUAGAAAAUCGAAGCCACAAGAUUCGGUAUUCAGAUUCCGUGGAAAAUGGAUCAAUUAUAUUUUCUCUUUCUGGACUUGCAUUUUUAUUGAUGGAUGUUAAAGAAUGCUUUCUAUCAGCUGAAGAAAUAUUUCUAGCCAAAAUUGAGAAGUUUAUUAAUAUUCACCAAAAGAGUUUUUUGGUUCUGUCUGCUGCCCUCCAUGGGCCUGAGGAAUGGAAACUGAUGUUCAGGAUUCAGCAGAGAUUCCUGGGUAGUAAUUUACGGAUACUUCCAGUACACAACACAGUAAAUGCUAUUAAUCUUAUGUGCACUAUAGCUAAGACUGCCUCCAAACCAUACACAGACAGCAUUUGCUAUAGAAUGAUAACAACUGAGGCUUACAUCAUUGAGCAAAGUCCUGUUUGGAAGACACUUCAAAAGUUAAAACUGAGUAGUGAUUCAUUUAAUCCAAAUUAG